AUGAUCACAUCAUUACUCUGUUUCCUCGUCUUGUCCUUCCUGCCGCAUCUCAUCACCAGCAAGCUUCUCCCCAUUCUCCAUCGAGUCUAUUCCGCUCUGUCUGGUCGCCCUGCACCUCUUGCCAACUCGCCGCUGUAUGACCGGCAUUAUCGUUAUGUGUACGCCCUCACAGUCAUCAGCUGUCUCUUCUUCAACUUUCGCAACGCGGCGCUGUCAAUGCCUCCCAACUACUACGAAAUGCUCGGCGCGGACCCGAAUGCAGACGAGAAUGCUCUGAAGGCUGCCUUCAGACAAUUCGCACGCAAAUAUCAUCCGGACCGUGUGGGUCCUCAAGGCGAAGCGCUUUUCAUUGAUGUUCGCGACGCAUUCGAGGCGUUGAAGAACCCAACGACACGGUUCGCAUACGAUAGGUUUGGUCCAGAUGCCCUGCAAUGGACCCAUUGUGCAACACUGCGAGAAUAUAUCCGGCAGGGGCUCAUGCAAUCAGCGGGAUUCUACAUUGCUUCCGCUUGCACCUUGCUCCUAUUCUCAUCCAUUGGCAAGCCAAGCGACGUUGCAUUCUGGCGCUACCUGUUGUUCGCUGCCAUGUUUGCCUAUGAGCUGAAGUACAUCCUUGGGCCAUCACCACCGUCUUCACCGGAAUCGCUCUCGUCAGCCUUCCUCUCUGAGCCUGGCUCAACAUCCCACAUAGGCAUCCUAGCGAUACUUUGGCCCCAUCGCGUCGCAUGGCAGCAUGUCCGUUUCCUGCACUCGCUCUUCGUAUUCUGUUCUGCUGCGCUAUCCCAGGUCGCUCCCGUCCUGUUCCCUUCCACGAAGGAGGACAUCAACUCGCCGAGAUUCCAGGCAGUGCUCCGUCGGUUAUCGUUAUUGGCCUCAAUGAUCAACAACGAUGCCACACAACAAAUCAACACCGAGCUCCAUUCCGUCCAUGGCCCACAAUCACACACACAGCCCACAGACGCUACGUUUGACAACCCGAUGCCCUGCGACCACCCCGCGGACGAGAUCAUGGACAUGCUCACGAGCGAGUUGGAGCACAUGGUCAUCGAAGGCCAGUUCGCUGACGGCGGGCCGCUCAAGAGCGCCGUCGACAACGCCGUCGAGCGCAGACGGCGCGCGGAGACGGAGCAGGCUAAGCCGUCGCUGAAGCGCUCGGAGACGGGCAUGCUGUCGCCCACACCAUCGCCACCUCCCGAACCGAGUCGUACCCCACUCAGGCGGCUGCCUACUACACCGUUCAAGUUGGCUCGGGCAGCGGUAGGCACGUCUUUGGGGUACGUGCGUGGAAGGUCGCAGUCGCUGUGA